AUGAAGAAGAUCGAGAGAGGUCUCUUCAGCCUCGCCCGCCUCCUUCAGCUGGGCUUCGGCGAGGCUGGGGCCAGCGUCAUCUCCCGCAGCCUCGCCACCGGCGCCAUGACGGCGCUGGCGACCAACCGCCCUGGCUCGAUCGUCAACGCCUUCUUCGGCUUCUGCGACAUCCGGAACUUUACCUUCCUCACGGAGCAACUGCAGGCAGAUGUCGUCAAGCUGGUCAACAGCGUCGCCAGGUUGCUGCAUGACUGUGUGAUACGAUCCCACGGCGACCCCAACAAGAACAUCGGGGAUGCGUUCCUGGGAGAUCGCUGUCGGCGAUGGCGUCCUUACGUCGAGUGCAUCCUAGAGAUGUCGAGAGACGAGCGGCUGAGUCAGCACAUCAACUUGGAGGCUGCGCAGGAGGUUCUUAAGGACGGGCAUAUGAGGAUGGGAUUCGGUCUGCACUUCGGCUGGGCUGUUGAAUGUGUAAUUGGCUCCAAACACAAGGUCGACGUCUCCUAUCUCAGCCCGCACGUCAACAUGUCCUCUCGCCUCGAGGCAGCCACCAAGCAGUACGGCGUCUCCAUCCUCAUGUCCGGCGACGUCGUCGGCCUCCUCUCCUGGGACAUCAAGAGGCUCUGCCGCCUCAUCGACCGGGUCACUGUCAAGGGCAGCUCCUCUCCCAUCGACCUCUACACCUUCGACGAGCCCUCGAUGCAGAGCAGGGGAGGCACAGUUCCCGACGACAUCGACUUUUCCUCCCUCCAGUCCAGCAGAGCCUUCUUUGAAGUAGCUGCUCCCAGCACAGACGCUGAGUUCCGUCGCGACUUCUCCCGCGCCAUCUCCGUCUACCUCGGAGGGCCUGACGGGUCCAAGGCCAACUGGGAAUGCGCCAUGCAGAGGCUCCGGGACUGCCUGAGGAAGCGGCCGGGCGACGGGCCAACCCUGGCGAUCCUGCAGUACAUGGAGGAGGAGAUGGCGAAGCCGGAGGAGAGCCGCGUGAGGUGGAUGGGGUACCGCAUGCUUGAGCACAAGUAGCCGCUGGGCCGCUGCGGAGUGACGGUAGGCCGGCCCGCCACUGUGAUCACUGGUGCACACUGGGCUCCCGGGAGUCC